AUGUCGCCUACAUCAAUGAUAUGGAUCACAGUAUUAUCAAUGGCUGUUUUCCACCACUCCAUGGUCUUCGGUGGUGAUCUUGGGAUAAAUUAUGGAAGAACUGGGAAUGAUCUCCCAUCCCCGAAAGCUGUAGUCGAUUUCCUUACUAAAAAUCUAAACUAUGCUAUCCCACUGGUCCGGCUUUUUGAUGCUAAUCUUGAAUUUCUAGAAGCAUUGAGGGGAACCAAUUUGGUUGUAACUGUUGGAGUCCCAAAUGUCCUGCUCACCCACAUAGCAUCAAGCCAAAAUGUUGCCAAUAGCUGGGUUAACGAUCACAUCAAAUCAUUCGUCAGCCCCAAUGGUGUCAAGCUCUCCACUUUCAAUCAAUCGUACCCUUACUUUGCCUUUGCCUCGGAUCCAUCCCUCUUCUCAUUGGAGUAUGCUUCAUUUCGAUGUCAAAAGCUGGUGCUUAUAGACGGCAUUUACGAGUAUUACAAGCUCUUUGAUGCCAUGGUGGAUGCUUUUGUAACAGCAAUGGCAAGGGCAGUGGGGAAGGAGGAUGUCAAAAUUGUGGUUUCUGAAACUGGCUGGCCAACCGAGGGCAAUGAGCCUUGCACAAGCAUUGCCAAUGCCAACAUCUAUAACAGCAAUCUAAAGAAGCAUGUGAUAGAAAAAGGGUGCACCCCACGAAGGGCAGACUUGAAUUUGGAAGCGUACAUAAAUUCAAUGUUCAACGAGAACUAA